ACAACCAAUAAAAACUUACAGAGUGCUAGCACCAACCAGCAGAAUCAUCCCAGUAGUCAAGCAGUAUUAGACUCCCCACUAUGACCUGCGAAUUGAUAGUUGUGGGUUGAGGCUGCCUUGCUUCAUAUCGGCAGACAUUAUUAUUAUCCGACGGAGAACACCAGCAAGGAAUUGGAAUCUCAUACAAACUUCUGCAUCUGUCACUGUUCACUGGCCCAGAUCUGCGAAAAAUCACACUGUGUACAAUUCGCAUCUGUACAUUACUAUUCACCAAAUCAUUUUCGGGGCUUUGGACAUCAUUUUCUGCUACUUACGUCCGUUGACCAACCAUGGCUGAGUUUGGACGUGGCUCAACCUGCUUUGAACAGGCGAAAGAAGCUGCCGCUUUUCUUGAAAGAGGCCUUCCAGAUGGUCUGCGAAGCCCCAAGGUUGCAGUUAUUUGCGGCUCAGGGUUAGGCGGGCUUGCAAAUACUAUCCAGGAAGCUUCAAAGGUCGAAUAUGAAUAUUCAUCGAUACCACACUUUCCUCUUCCUACCGUGUCUGGACAUGCGGGUAAGUUGGUUUUCGGAUAUCUCGGUCAUAAUAUUCCGGCAGUCUUGAUGGUUGGCCGUGUGCAUUAUUAUGAAGGCCAUUCUAUGGAGAAAGUUACAUUUCCGAUCCGUGUUUUUAAACUCCUUGGUGUAAAGACACUAGUCUUGACCAAUGCUGCAGGAGGCCUGAAUUCAGAAUACGCGGUGGGAGACAUUGUGGUCAUAAAUGAUCAUCUUUUUUUGGCCGGCUUGGCAGGAUCACAUCCACUGCGGGGUCCCAAUGCGGACGAAUUUGGAGUUCGCUUCCCACCGAUGUCAGACGCCUACGAUCUCGAACUCCGUCGCUCCACGCACCGAGCCUGGGAGAAGCAAGUUUCUCCUGAGAGCAAGCGAAGACUGCACGAGGGAAUAUAUGCAUUCGUCGGAGGCCCAAGUUAUGAAACAAGAGCAGAAUGCCGAAUGCUCAGACAGCUCGGCGCCGACAUUGUCGGAAUGUCAACAGUGCCGGAGAUUGUAGUAGCCAGGCACUGCGGACUGCGAGUGUUGGCACUGAGCCUGGUCACGAACAACGCAGUGCUUACUCCAGUCCCACGUGGCGAUGACCACCUCCUUCAACAUUCGAGUGCAAACCAGCUGGACACAAUCUUGGGUGAGGGAAAGGCGAACCAUGAGGAAGUUCUAGAAGCUGGUCGUCUAGCGGCCGUCGACAUGCAGAAACUGGUUGCACAGGUCAUCUCUGACACCUUCGAGUGAAGUCGAAGAGAAGGAUGGUUUUUGAGGUGAGAUAAUUGAGCCCAGCUAGGAGAUCAAUUGUUAUUAGUUCACCAGGCAAUUUUUCGGUUUCUUAAGAGUCGCGGCAUGAUCUAGUACAAGACCUGCUAGAACGUCUUUAAAAAACCUGCACAUCUACCUCUUUCGUCUCUUUGCUAGUAAGUUCUUAUAGUAAGACUUCUUACCACUGGUCUUGGCGGCUUGAAUGUCUCUGUACUUAGCUGUGAAACGCCCAGACUGUCGUUCCGCAGCCAUAGCCUCGCCAACGAAAGUUCUCUUGCGCUCUUUCUUUGGUAUUC